CUUAUAUUACCAAACGGUUACUUCGUUGUCUAGGAGACAGCGACAGACUACAGCGACACAACCCCCGGCCUGCUAUUUCCUGCCCGUUUAUCCAAAUGAUUUGAAUUUGACACCUCUAGAAGCAGUAGGGAUGAACAGGGGCAGCUAUUAGAGGUCACCACUUGCCCCCGAAGCUUUGGUAGCUCUUUCGUAAAAUGUUUUCAUUCGGCAGCAAGGUCAAGCAGAAGCUUACAGCGACGCGGUUUGAAUUCUCCUUUGUGGUGCAUAAUUUGGCGCCAUGGCCCGAGGGCGCGAGAGCCAUCGCUGUGGGCUAUCAACGCGGCAAGCGGCGGCGUGGCGCUACGCGCUCAGUGUAUCCUUCUCGGCAGCCGGGAAGGCUGGGUGCGGUCGUGCGCUUCAACGAGCGCUUUGAUAUGCCGGUGACGCUCUACAAGGCGAGCAGCGGGCAUUCGACAAGCAACGGGGGCUUGGGUCCCUUCAAGAAGAAAUGCUUGAUCCUUGCCGUUCUGGAGACAGACGGCAGGACGCAGGCCACGGCCGCGCUGGGGCGGGUUGUCGUCGACCUGUCAGAGUAUGCGGCGAUCGAGCACCAGGAGACGCGCACGUUUAUGGUCUCGUGCAACAAAGGCAUCCACGCUGCCGUCGGCGACCCACAGCUUAUGGUCACAAUCAGGUGUCGGUGGAAGAAGCUGGCGCGGGAGGGCGGCGCCGCUUCAGGGCUGCCGGACGAGACUGCUUCAAUGAGCACGGACACGACCGGCUCGCGCAUGACCGCUAAUCUGUCAUCGUUCCUGCGCUUUAAGUUCACGGGCAAGGGUAACGAGGAGCAGGACCUGCGCGGGUUCGAAUCGACGGGCUCCAUGGGCGGCGCGCCACCUGGGAACGGCAACGGACCAACCGCGGCUAACGGCACCCGUGGCAGUGUGGCGGGUGACCCCAUGAACAAAGUCAUGGACACCAUCCAGGAGUCGCACGACGAGCCGGCGGAGCCUGUUUUCGCCGGGCAGCUGACGCCGGGCGGCAGUCGCGCCAUGACGCCGCAGACCAGCGUGAAGCAGCUGACUCCGGCAAGCAGCAGCCAAUUGGCAGACCCAAGCCCGCAUGCUUCUGGGCCCAACGCCAUUGAGGCAGCGGCAGCAGGGCUCGGCGGCAUGAGCCUUCGCGAGAUGCACGCGGCACGGGCAAAAGCGGCAAUGUCAGGCACUCCCAGCCCACGGCGGCUGGACCCAGGGACCGGCGACAGCUACGGGGCGGGCGGGCGGUCACCUGCAGAAGGCAGCCGCGCCUUCCCGGGGUCGUCCGUGCUUCCAGCCGCCGGCAGCAAUCUCAGCCUGACUGCCGCCUCCGCCGCCGACUCCGACCUCCUGGUGGCGCUGCGCUUUGAGCUGCUCACAGCGGCGGCCCUGGAGGCGGGCGUGUACAUGGCGCGGCGGCCGCCCGGGGUGGGGCUGGGCGCGAUGACGCAGUCAUCAUCAGGCGCCGCGCAGCCCUCUGUCAGCCCGGUCGCCGCCAGCGUGAAGGACCCCGCAGCGUUUGCGCUGCGCGCGGCGCACGUGCCUGCGCGGCGCCUGGCGCGCACAGUGCUGUGCCUGGGCUCCGCCGACGGGCCGCACUUCGGCGCCUCGGCGCUGCGCGUCAUCCGCGCGCAGGUGGCUUCCUCCGGCGAUGGCCUGGACGUGCUGUCCUACUGGUGGUCCAACGCCGUGCACAUGCGCGCCAUGCUGGGCGGCUUGUCGCUGGCCGCCGCUGCGGCGGGCGUGCUGGCGCCGGCCGCGGGCGGCAUGGGCCUCGCCGUCGCCGCGGCGGUCAGCGCCGGUGGCGCAUCCAUUGGCAGCCUGGGCGCCGGCCUGGGCGGCGCGCCGGGCGCAGCCCCUGGCAGCGAGCACUGGGCGGCGGCGGCGCUGGUGCCUGAGCUCAAGCGCCUGGAGCGGGCUGUGUUCCAGGACCUGCUGGGGCGCAUGUGGGAGCGCGUGCUGCUGCCCACGGUGCUGGGGCGGGCCGGCGGGGCACGCGCGGCUGCGCCGGCAGCCGCCACGAAGCGGGCGCUGCAGGAGGCGGCCAUCAAGAAGUGGUUUGAGGGGUUGGAGGCGGUGUGCGCGGCGCUCACCAAGCAGGUGGCUGGCGGGCACUCGGCGCUGCUGCGGCAGCAGGUGCUGCUGGCGGCGCUGAAGCGGGUGGACCUGCUGCUGUUUGCGCACCUGCUGGGCGGGGCAGACCAGCCGGGCGUGGCGGACCUCCUCACGGACUACGACCCGCACGGCAGCCUGGCGGUGUCCGCCGCUGGCCCUGCAGCCGCAGCACCCGGGUCCGCGGCCGCCGCGGUGGCGGCGGCGGCGGCAGCGGCAGCGGCGGGCGGUGGCGUGGGCACCACUGGCGGCGGCGUCAUCCCACAGCUGGAUGAGGCUAGCCUGCCGUUCGCGAAGGGCGUUCUGACGUUUGGCGGGGGCAUGAGCGUAAAGAUGACGGUGACGCGGCUGCAGCAGUGGGCGGCGGGGCAGCCGUUGCUGGGCGGCGGCGCGAGUGGCGCGGACGCGGGGCUGGCGGGCGCGGGCACGACCGGUGCGGUUGGCGCAGCGGUUGGCGCGGGUGCAGGUCCGGGUCCGCUGUUCCCGCUGCUGCGCGCGGCGGCGGACCUGCUGAUGAUGCCGAAGGAGAUGCUGGUGGAUCGGGCUGUGCGGCUGGACGUGGGCGCGGCGCUGAGCAUGCGCAGCGUGCUGCACAUCCUGGAGCGCUUCCAGCCUGAUGAGUUCGCACAGGACUCCAUCAGCCCCGCCAUUCUGGAAUCGCUACAGGAGGACGCGGCGCUGCCGCAGAUUCACCUGCGUUCUGCCGCCGCGGACGCCAACGGCGGCUACCUGCCGCCGCCCGACGCGGUGGUGCUGCGCGGCGUGGAGACUGGCAGUGAGCCGGGUCUCGAGUACGACGCCGACAGCGAGGACGAGCUGGAGGAGCUGGCGCAGGUGGUGGCCAAAUCUCCCGCCAGCUCUGGCGCGGUAAGCGCCACGGUGCCGCCCGGCGGCGCGGCUAUGGCGGUGCGCUUCCGGCUGCUGCACGACGCGUGGGCGGCGGGCAUGCCGCGGCGGCGGACGCCGCCCAGCGUGGCGUCUGGAUCAGGUGUGGGCAUGUAGGACACGCAUGUACGCCUCCUUGCCCGAGGCCCUGCAACCUCAGCGCACAUGUUCGAACAGCAGCGGAAUGGAGGCUGAUGACCCUCGUGUGCGUGUGACAGCUUACGCGUGCACGUCUGGCAUGCGUCAACCGGGACGGGUGGAAGCAGCACAGCCCGCUGCCUGGCGGUGCGGGAUGCCACGAACUCGGGAGUUUUGUUGGGGGAGAUUAGCAGCUAUGCAGGCGCAUGAAAGCAUGAGUAAGUGUGUGGCGUGUGACAAACAUGUUGCUAUGGUUGGACUCGCCGGCAGAGCAGAGAGCGUAUGCGGAACUGGCGCCAGGAGGAGAAGGAGAAGGAGCCCAUCUGACCCAUGUGAAGCCGGCUCCCCGGCUGAUGAGAAGCGCGGUUAAGCAUGGUUAGGACUACAACCCGCGUGGAUUGGGGCGGAACUGUUGAGUAUUGUUCCAAAGCAAUUGUCUUUCAGUGUAUGUCGAAGUCGGUUUGCGUGGUGAAGUAGUGCGAUGACUUAUGGAUUGGCGAAGGGCGUGGGCGUGCCGAUUGUGGAGAUGACUGACGAUGGUUGAAUCCGGUCCUGUGUACUUCAGUUGAGACACCAUACGGUACGUUGACAAGCACUUCAACAUACGACCUUACUCGGCCGCAAGCAGCAAUCGAACAUGCGUGUAAGGCUCGACACAAGUUGCGACAAAACCUGUACUAUCACAUUUUUCUCGCUGAACCCAAAUAUGAA